UAACCGACAGUGGAUUCAGUAGUUUUGUGGCACCGAGGGAGCGAAACUUACGAGCAUCCCACCGAGAACAGUGUGUAGUGUCUGACUUGAAGCAAAUCGAAUCGAGUAGAGGACACAUAACACACAGUUCCUGUCUUUAAAAGUUCUCAGAUCGAUCAAUCGAUCUAGAUGGUGAUCAUGCUGCUUGUUUAGUGUCCGAUCUGGAUUGAUAUGGAGCUUUGGUUUAGCGUCCUAAGCGUGUGAGGUUGCCAUUAAGAGCUUCUUACACAUACAUGGCUGAUUCAACGGUUUGAGCGCUUUUUUACUCUUGGCUUCACUGUUUGAUCGAUGAUCAAGUGGCGAUCCAUGCAGGGAAGCGUCGGCGGUCCAGUUCUGCUCCAGUUUGAUUCGAUCCAAAGCCUCCACUCGCACCUGGACAAGAUGAUCUACAAUGUGGUGCCGGCAGCACCAUCGCCACUGUGCUUCCAUGUUGUCUCUCACAGUUUUCUCGUAGCGGCAGGCCCGGUCAACGUAGUUCAACCCACCGUUCAGCACAGAAAUGGAUCGGUCAACACGGUCCCUCCGCCGAGAUUUAAGACCAAGAGAAAACGAGGAAGACCAAAGAAAUACAUCGAUCCGAGCAUCAAGCGCAAGCCCGGGAGACCCAGAAAGCAUCAAUGGGUCACUCAGGAUGAUCAAGUCUACACGGAAACUCGAGCUCUGCCAAAAGAGUCCGGUCAAGAUCUGAUUCCAGAGGAAGAUGGUUCUUGUGAUGUUGAGGAGGUAUUGGAGCCGAGACUUACUAGUACGUCGAGUUUCGGCCAAAAGCUGGAAGCCGAGCUCGAGAGAUCGUUUGAUGGUGACGAGCUUGAGAGAAUGGAGAGAGAUGUGAGCCAUCGUAAGCCCGUCGUGAAGUUGAGACAAACGCGCCAGGGAAGCGUUCCAUUCGAGACUGAAAAUGCAGGGAACUCGUAUCUUGACCACUUUCCAGACUUUACUGAAGUUCUCAGUGUGACUAGAAGCUCAGAGAAGAGGCUUCGACUGUUGCGUGGAUUCUUUUUCUGGCUACAGCAUUCUUGUAUGAUGAAUUCAUUCAAGCCCUGGCUGUCAGGAGAAGUGCUCGAGGAUCCAAAAGAGUGUCAGGAGAUCACUCCGAAUGAUCAAGAGAUUUUUGACAUGAAAGUGGUCUUACAACUAUAAACAAGUGUUGUUUG